CUCCCCAACGUCCGGCAGCACCGCGGCGGCCGCGAGGGCAGCUCGCGGGCUGCGCUGGGCCCGGCCGCCCCGCCCCGCCCCCUCCGCACGCCCCACCUGCCCGCCGCCGGCUCGCCCGGAGCAGGUCCUCGCCCCCCGUCGCGCGCUCCGCCCUCGCCCUCCGCCCCCGGAGCUCUCCGCGCUCGGCCUCCCGCGCCUGGCGGGCUCCGCCCGAGGCUCCGGGGCCCAUGGCCAAGCGGCGUGCGGCCGAGCCGCUGACGUUCCACGUGCCUUGGAAGCGGCUCCUGCUCUGCGACUUCCCCGAGGAGCCGCCGCCGCUCUGGAUCCCGCCGCCGGGGGCCUCGCAUCCCGGGCGGCCCGUCGGCGUCCCGGAGCCGCCCCGAAAGCGCAAAAUCGACGCGGGGGCUAUGACUGAGGCUUCAGCUUCGCCCAGCAAGCGCCGCGACGGCGGGGACACCAGCGUUCCGGGCGGCGUGGAGCGUGAGGGCCAAGGCCUGGAGACGGGCGAGCCGCAGUUGCUGCAGCCUCCCGUGCGGCCCCGCGGGCCGGGGGAGGAGCCCCGGGGCGCCCGGCCCCCGAGGGGCGGUGGCGACGACGGGGCGGGGCGCACGGAGCCCCCACGGGGAGACUGGGGGGCCGCACCGCGCCAGCUCAAUGAAGAAUUCUGGCAGUAUAACACCUUCCAGUACUGGAGGAAUCCCCUGCCGCCUAUUGAUCUGGCAGACCUCGAAGACAUCGGCGAAGGCAGCCUGCGGGAAGCAAGGCUUCAGGGCAAGAACGAAGUGGUUGAGGUCGACAUGGAGUCCUGACACAAGCACCUGAAGAAUAGGUCUUUCGGCCGUGGCCUUUGAGGCGACCUCUCUUAAGUGAAUUUGCAUAUUCUUAAGGAGAAAAGUUAUUUUCCAUACUUGAUGCGAUACCAUUCCCAAACCUGAAAAAUGAGGAAGAGUUGUUUUAAAGAUAAAUGCCUGUGGUCACUACUGAAACUCCCAAGAGGGAUUUGUCAAGGAUCUAGUGCAGUUAGAGGGGAAGUAUUUUAUAUACGUACUCUCAAAGAAAAAUUUAUGUUUAGAUUCUAAAUUUGAAAAUAUUGGUCUUCUAAAAAAGAAUUCUGACAGUUUUAGAAACAGGUGGGAAAUGCUCAAAUGUUCCUCUUGUCUGUACCAAAAAGUUAAUUUGUGGUACAUGAAAUGAAUAUUGUUUUUUAACUGUUCUUAAUAAAAUGCUUUCUAGUA